AUGGCUGAUGUUACCGACUGGCAAACGCAGGGCAAUCACUACUGCGCUCGUGACUACGGCAGCAGCGCUUCCAACACCAAUUCUUACCACUACUCCAACACUGACGGAUCCUACUACUACUCCAACCCCAACGGCAGCACCUACCACAACAAUGGUGCCGGCGGCUCGACCUACACCUCCCCCAGCGGUGACAGGACCUCUUCCGGCUACGGCGGCGGUAGCUCUGGCAGUUCUGGCAAGAAGUAG